UGGCCUUUAAAAUUUCGCCAUUUUCUAUUAAAAAAACUUAAUAAUCAUAAACAAAGUACCAUAAACCCUAAACGACCGACCCCUCUUUCUUCGGUAUAUGAAAAUAAACAAAGAAAAUGAAAUUUCGUAAUUAGAGGACCCAAAAAGAUUCUCUCCCAUGGAAGCUUUGAGUCACGUCGGCAUUGGCCUCUUCCCAUUCCAAUUAUGUCGACUACCACCGGCGACGACGAAGCUCCGGCGUAGUCAUAACACCUCCAAUACUACUACUAUUUGUUCCGCCAGCAAAUGGGCCGACCGUCUUCUCUCCGACUUCAAUUUCACCUCCGAUUCUUCCUCCUCCGUCUCCACCGCCACUCUCGUCUCUCCGCCACCAUCUAUUGAUCGUCCCGGACGACACAUUCCCAUUCCCAUCGAUUUCUACCAGGUAUUGGGAGCUCAAACGCAUUUCUUAACUGAUGGAAUCAGAAGAGCAUUCGAAGCUAGGGUUUCGAAACCGCCUCAAUUUGGUUUUAGUGACGACGCUUUGAUCAGCCGGAGACAGAUUCUUCAAGCUGCUUGUGAAACUCUGUCGAAUCCUCGGUCUAGAAGAGAGUACAAUGAAGGUCUUGUUGAUGAUGAGGAAGCUACAGUCAUCACUGAGGUGCCUUGGGAAAAGGUUCCUGGUGCUCUCUGUGUAUUGCAAGAAGCUGGUGAGACUGAGGUUGUUCUUCGGGUAGGAGAAGCUCUGCUUAAGGAGAGGUUACCUAAGUCGUUUAAGCAAGAUGUGGUUUUAGUUAUGGCGCUUGCGUUUCUUGAUAUCUCCAGGGAUGCCAUGGCAUUGGAUCCACCUGAUUUUAUUACUGGUUAUGAGUUUGUUGAGGAGGCUCUGAAGCUUUUGCAGGAGGAAGGAGCAAGUAGCCUUGCACCAGAUUUACGUGCACAAAUUGAUGAGACUUUGGAAGAGAUCACUCCACGUUAUGUAUUGGAGCUUCUUGGCUUACCGCUUGGUGAUGAGUACGCAGAAAAAAGAGUAAAUGGUUUAAGAGGUGUACGCAAUAUUUUGUGGUCUGUUGGAGGAGGUGGAGCAUCAGCUCUUGUUGGGGAUUUAACCCGUGAAAAGUUUAUGAAUGAGGCUUUUUUACGAAUGACAGCUGUUGAGCAGGUUGAUGCAGUUACUGUUGAUAAUUCCAUUGCCGAUAUGGUAAAAGAGGCAAGUGUGAAGAUCCUAGCUGCUGGUGUGGCUAUUGGAAUGAUUUCACUAUUCACCCAGAAGUAUUUGCCUCAAAGAAGCAGCUCAUCAUUUCAACGCAAGGAUAUGCCUUCUUCUAUGGAAUCUGACAUUGCUACCAUAGGGUCAGCGAGAACUGAGGAUUCAGAAGCACUUCCCAGAAUGGAUGCUAGGACUGCAGAGAGUAUAGUCUCCAAGUGGCAGAAGAUCAAGUCUCAGGCUUUUGGGCAUGAUCACCGCAUAGAAAUGUUGCCAGAGGUUUUGGAUGGGCGAAUGCUGAAGAUAUGGACUGACAGAGCAGCUGAAACUGCGCAGCUUGGGUUGGUAUAUGAUUAUACACUGUUGAAACUGUCUGUUGACAGUGUGACAGUCUCAGCAGAUGGAACCCGGGCUCUGGUGGAAGCAACUCUGGAGGAGUCUGCUUGUCUAUCUGAUUUGGUUCAUCCAGAAAACAACGCCACAGAUGUCAGAACCUACACAACAAGAUACGAAGUCUUCUGGUCCAAGUCAGGGUGGAAAAUCACUGAGGGCUCUGUGCUUGCAUCAUAAUAUGCCAUAUAGCAUACUUAAGCUUGCAAUAUUUUCUUUGUUUAGUAAAUUUUCUCUCUAAGUUAGUGUUUAUAAAUGAACACAGAAAAGUAACGUUAUUGGCACAUCCUCAUCCUUGAUCUAUUCUAUGACAUGAGUGAUAAAAUAUGAAUUCUUUCGCAA